UUUAUUUCUUCCUUACCAUUUUCAAACCUCAAAAAUCUCCACUCCCGCGUAGAAUACGAUACGCUUCUUCUUUUCCCAAACUAACAAUGGACGACUCAUUAGGCAAAUUCUGCAAAACCAUGGCCGUUUUCUGUAACAAUCUCGAAAACAGCUGCAACGCUCUCAAAGAGUCGGUGGAUCGUCGCCCCAUACCCCUUGAUUCAGCUUCGACGACCUUUGUACAAAGCCUGAACCAGAGAGUAAUGUCACUAAGCGGUGACCUCAAUGUGCUGGAGUCCAUGUCUUGUGGAACGGUGUCGUUCGAGGAGCUGCUGGGCCAUUGCAAUGAAGUUUUCAAGAAGAACCAAACUGAUCUUCUGUCCCUUCAGGACCGUCUCCAUAAUCUUGGCUACAUUGCUUCUGUCAAUCUUAUUGGUGAAGAUAGUGAAGGAGAAGAAGAGGACCCUAAUGUUUCAGAAGAUUUAUCUUAUGACUGCAGCUUAGACUUCAAGAAAAUUGAAGAUGAUCCUUUGCUGGAUGAUACUCUGAAUUUGCAGAACCUUGGUCUCUCUGAUGUUUGCCUAGCUACCAUAGCAUCUGAAGCAAAUACUAUAUAUGAGAAAGAGGGAUGCUAUCUAUCCACCGAAAAGAAACAGGAUAGUAGAGAUGGGAAAAUGAACGAGGAAUUGAAGUCAUCUGAAGAUAUUCAGUCACUGAUAACUGUGUCAGAAGAUGAUUAUGAAAACCUCCCCAAACAUAUGAAGAAUUUAGCUUCAUGGCAGGAGUUGGUUGUUGCUGUUGAGAAGAUGAACUCAUUCCUUGACACAAAAAAGACCAGGCCAUACUCCUUCCAGCAAGCUGAAAUUGUGGAAUUAGGAUUAGAGACCAGAAUGCAACAUUAAUGGUUGAAGGGUAUUGUGAUUUUCUUCUCGAGGACAAGUUGGUUGAAGCUACAGAUGUAGGGCAGAAUGCUGUGUGGGUAUUUGGAAGUAGGUGGAAACUUUAAUGCAUAAAUGCGGAAGGACAAAAUGCUCGAUGCCGUCAAGCUAUCUCCAAAAAAGCUAUAUGAGCUACUCAGAAAAGUUGCCGGCGAGGAGUUAGUGGAAGUGCUGCAAAUUGAAAAUAAGAUUCCAAGAAGAAAGGCCCAAUUAUUAUUGGAAGAAAGUAUUAAAAGCAUACUGUCAGAGGGAUUAUAUCAGUAAAAUGCAAGGUUUUGGGUUUACCGGAACGAUUUGUAGUUUCUAGAGAAUGGUGCUGGCAUUAAAUAAAAGAAGACGCAAGAAUCAAUUAGGAAAAUGCUCUUGUUUACAACUUGCAAGAUUGAUUCAAAGGCACAAUAGCUAUAUUUGGUGACUUCACAAUUUCCACUUGAUUCUGGCAGUGUUAGGUCUUUCAUUUUCACACUAUCACACUCUUGAGGACAAGGGUCUGAAUCUGAUAUGAUGUAAAUUUCUAGCAUGUAACUGAC